UCACUCUCUGAACACUACACAAGUCCCUCAUUCCUCUGCAUUCAUCUACCAACCCACUACAUCAUUUUACCAAAUUCACACUCUUUCCCACUUACAACUUCAGUCUUAUAACACACCCCUUCAUUUCUUCACUUCCCAAAUAUACAUUCUUGAUUCUUGGCUUAAAAUGAGGGGCUUCAAAGAAGACAUAAAGGAUGAAACAAAGGGUGUUUGGGUGGAUGGAGCAAUCAUAGUAGGUGCAGGACCAUCUGGGCUAGCAGUCUCAGCUUGUCUCAAGAAAAACAACAUCACUUCUUUAGUUCUUGAGAGGAAUGAUUGUUUAGCUUCAUUAUGGCAAAAAAGGACUUAUGAUUUUCUCAAGCUCCACCUCCCUCAGAACUUUUGUGAGCUUCCUUUCUUUGGUUUUCCGAGGAACUUUCCCAAGUACCCAACAAAGCACCACUUCAUUUCAUACAUUGAGGCUUAUGCUCAGCAUUUUGGGAUUCAGCCCAGGUUUAAACAAGUGGUGGAGAGGGCAGAGUUUGAUUCUUUGAGUGGGUUUUGGAGGGUUUUUAGUCAGGAUUGUGAGUAUGUUUCGAGGUGGCUUGUGGUGGCAACAGGGGAAAAUGCAGAGCCUUUUAUUCCUGAGAUUGGUGGGAUUGAGAGGUUUGAUGGGCCUGUGGUGCAUACAAGUGAGUAUAGAUCAGGUGGUGAGUUUAAGAAACAGAGGGUAUUGGUUGUGGGGUGUGGGAAUUCUGGUAUGGAAGUUAGUUUGGAUCUCUGUAAGCACAAUGCCAUUCCUCAUUUGGUUGUUAGAAACUCUGUGCAUGUUUUACCCAGAGAGAUGUUUGGGUGCUCUACAUUUGGAAUAGCAAUGGCCCUUCUCAAAUGGUUUCCUCUAAGACUAGUUGACAAGUUCCUCAUACUAAUGUGCAACUCUAUCCUUGGCAAAACAGAGAAAUUAGGUCUCAGAAGACCGAAAACCGGCCCGAUUGAGCUCAAAAAUGCCACCGGAAAGACUCCUAUUCUUGAUGGAGGAGCUCUGUCACAUAUAAAAUCUGGUGAAAUUAAGGUAAUGGUAGGAGUGAAAGAGAUAACAAGCAAUGGGGCCAAAUUCAUGGAUGGCCAAGAGAGAGAAUUUGAUGCUAUAGUAUUGGCUACAGGCUACAAGAGCAAUGUCCCAUUUUGGCUUAAGGGAAAUGAGCUAAUUACAGAAGACGGAUUGCAAAAGGCGUCGAACGGAAAUGGGUGGAAAGGAAAGAACGGAUUGUAUACGGUGGGAUUCAGCAAGAAAGGCCUUCUUGGUACUGCAUCAGAUGCGCUUAAUAUUGCCAGAGAUAUUGCUGAUCAUUUGAAAUCAUGUAAAGACUGCAACAAUAGCUGUAGGUCAAUUGCUGUCUUACAAACAUAAGAUUGUUGUUUAACUAUGCAGAAGGUAGAUUCAGAGGUAACAGCAAGGUUUUAAACAAAAUGUGAUGCAUUUUGGUUUAUUUCUCUUCCCCUGGAAGAAAGAUGUUCCAAACAAAUUUCCU